UCGCGGACUGCGAGGGAUGAACGGUUUCGUGCUGGAAUAAUAGUUAUAUAUUAAUUGUAAAUAAGUGUAAAACUAAUACAUAAUAAAAACGGAACCACUUUGUACUCAUUGGUUGAGUGUUUAGCCGGUUGCAGUUUAUUCAUAAGUUUUAGCGACAUAUUUCACGUUCACCUGGAUUAUCGUUGUGAAAGAUGAGUGGUGGGCCAGAUUCCAACAAAGAGUUUAUGGAGCAGCUGCGUAUGCAGGAACUGUACGGCCAGAGAAAUGAGGAUGGCUCUGAUCCCUACACAUACACUGAUCCAGAGGACGGGACUGUGUAUGACUGGGAUCAUGAAAAGAAGGCCUGGUUCCCUAAAAUAACCGAAGACUUCAUUGCAGCGUACCAGGCCAAUUAUGGCUUUACCAAGGAAGGAGAUCCAGAUGCAAAUAACACAGCAGUAAGUAGCACAGACCCCACAGCCCCAGAACAAGAAAGCAAGCCUUCAACAAAGGAGAAACCAGGAGAUGCAUCUCAGAACCAAAAGCAAGACCAGACUGAGGCUCCAGCUAAAGAUGCCAAGCAGAAAGCAGAAAAGAGGAAAGCAGAUCCAGGAUGGUUUGAUAUUGAUGACAAUAAAAACACAAACGUCUACGUGUCAGGCCUUCCUCCUGACAUCAGCACAGAAGAGUUUGUUGAGAUGAUGUCCAAAUGCGGCAUUGUGAUGCGGGAUCCCAUCACUGAAGAGUAUAAGGUCAAACUCUACAAGGACAAAGAUGGAAAUCUUAAAGGAGAUGGCCUCUGCUGCUAUCUCAAGAAGGAGUCUGUGGGGUUGGCAAUGCGCCUGAUUGAUGAAUCAGAGGUCAGAGGAUACAAACUCCACGUGGAACCAGCCCGGUUUGAGCUGAAGGGCCAGUAUGAUGCCAGCAAGAAAAAGAAGAAAAACAAAGAUUAUAGGAAGAAAUUGCAGCAGCAACAGAAACAGUUGGACUGGAGGCCAGAGAAGAAAGGAGAAUUAAGGAAGAGGCAUGAAAAAGUUGUUAUCAUCAGAAACAUGUUCCAUCCUAGUGACUUUGAGGAAGACCCACUUGUGCUGAAUGAAUAUCGAGAAGAUCUGCGACUAGAAUGUGAGAAGUUUGGGGAGGUCAAGAAAGUCAUCCUCUUUGAUAGGCACCCAGAUGGUGUGGCAUCCGUUGCCUUUAAGGAGCCAGAGCAAGCCGAUGCAUGCAUUCUGUCUUUCAAUGGUCGCUGGUUUGGAGGAAGACAGCUGUCAGCUCAGCUUUGGGAUGGAACAACAGACUAUCAGGUGGAAGAGACGUCACGUGAGCGGGAGGAGCGGCUGAAGGGCUGGUCCUCUUUCCUUGAAGGAGGCGGUCAAGGUCAGCAGGACAAUGUCACCAAGCAGGCAGAGAGCAGCACUAGCACAGAAACCACAGAGCCGUCCAGCACCACAGAGCCUGAACAGGAGCCAGUCACAGAGCAGCAGCAUCUGCAGGAACAGGGAGCAGACUCUACAGACAGCAGCCUGGCAGGAAGUGAUGACGAGGAAGCUUAGACACUUCGAUGCACAUCUCUAGUCCCCAACUAGUACUGUCCUGACUGAAGAUGAACUGUGGGAAAGUGUCAGGGGCGGGACAGUAAGGACAGUUUGGGCUGUUUUGUAAUGUAGAAAAUAAAACUGAUUUUGUGUACCCUAUGUUCAUCUUUGUAUUUAACAUUGUAAAGAGCUGAUUAUGGUCAACUCUUUAUAAACCUCAUUGUGUUGGUUUGAUUAUUUUUCUAAUCAUCCUACAUUAUUUAUGAGCUACAAAAAUAACAGCAUUUAUUACUCUAUUUUUAUUGCAAAUGACUCCAUGUUCUUUCAGACUUUCAGUAAAUAAGAGAUAUUUUUAGCUAAACUAGAAUGCAAACAGCGGUUACACACAAUUAUGUUUUCCACCAGAUCAAAACUACGACUUACACCACUACUGACUGCAGUUGCAGAAAAUUGAUAUGCAGUUAUAUGGAUGGAUAGGGUUUUUUUUUUUUCAGUCAGACUUGCAGAUUGUA